ACCGAUCCUUCAGUCGUACAGACAUUUACGCUGGCCAACGGACCUAAAGUAACCAUACCCAAGAAACCAGCAACUCCAUCCCGACGGUGUCUCUCCCUGGUUCCCCUUUCCUCUACCGAAACUCUGUCUUCGGUUCCUCUUUCCUCUCUUCUCUUCCUUUUAUCUCGACUUGUCUUCUUACCUCCUGUCGGCUUCUGUUCGCGAUGCACGAGGCGGAGCUCCACGACCUCUCCGAUGACUCCGACUACGCCGCGUCCCAGCAGCAGGCGUCCGGGAGCAUCAUGCGAUGUGAUUCGGGCAAGAGUGCUGUCACCGAGCCCAAUGGGUCGGAGGUGGUCUACUCGAAGGACAACGUCACGAUCCACCCGACGCAAUACGCGUCGGAAAGGAUCAGCGGCCGAUUGCUCCUCGUCAAGCAAGGUUCUUCUUUAUUCAUGUCAUGGAUACCUUAUAAAGCCAGUACUGAUGAACUUGGUUAUAUGAGUCGCAGUUCAAACUCAGGUCCCACGGAAAAAGAUAGAAGCCUGUACACCAUCAAAAAUUUGCCUUUAACUGAUGUCCGUUCUAUACGUAGGCAUACCCCUGCACUUGGCUGGCAAUACAUAAUUGUUGUCCUAUCAUCAGGUCUGGCAUUUCCUCCUCUUUACUUCUAUAGUGGUGGGGUUCGUGAAUUUCUUGGUACUUUGAAGCAACACAUUUUUAUAAUGAGGUCUGCAGAUGAUGCAAAUGUCUUUCUUGUGAAUGAUUUCCAGGAUCCUCUUCAGAGAAGCCUGUCAUCCCUAGAGUUGCCAGGGGUUGUUUCUGUUGCAAAUCGAGCAUCUCUACGUGACUCACGUGGUUCAGUUUCUUCAGCUGAUAAUUCUGAGAGAGUGAAUCAGGAAACUUAUGAUGGGUCUGCUAGCACUUCUGAAUAUAGUGGGAGGCACAAGCACAAGGCUUAUGACCCUGCUCGUGAUCUCUCAAUUCAAGUCUUGGAGAAAUUUUCACUUGUUACAAAGUUUGCCCGCGAAACAACCUCACAACUAUUUCGUGAGGGUCACAAUAAUGGCUUUAGCCCCUAUGAGAAAAGGCAGCAAAAUAAUUAUGCCUCACCUAAUUUGGUGGGUACUAGGCCUAAUGAUGCACAAAAAAAUGCAGAUGUAACUUCAGUGGCCUCAGAUCCAUUGGAGUUUGAUAAGUUACCUCUGGUAUGGGGAAAACAAAGAGAAUCUCCAUUAUGCCUUGCAGAGUGGGCUGCUUUCUUGGACUCUGAAGGACGAGUUGUGGAUUCAAAGGCAUUAAGAAAAAGAAUAUUCUAUGGAGGCGCUGAACACAAUCUGCGAAAAGAGGUUUGGAAAUUUCUGUUGGGAUACCAUGAGUAUGAUUCGACAUUUGCUGAGAGGGAGUAUCUUGCAGCGGUCAAGAAAUCAGAGUAUGACAUCAUAAAAUCCCAGUGGCAGAGCAUAUCAGCCACCCAAGCUAAAAGAUUUACAAAGUUCAGAGAACGGAAAGGCCUGAUCGAAAAGGAUGUGGUGAGAACAGACAGAUCUAUCUCUUAUUAUGAAGGAGAGGACAAUCCGAAUGUGGCAGUUCUACGUGACAUACUGUUGACAUAUUCGUUUUACAAUUUUGACCUUGGCUACUGUCAGGGCAUGAGCGAUUUUUUGUCACCAAUACUUUAUGUUAUGAAAGACGAGUCUGAGUCCUUUUGGUGCUUUGUAGCAUUAAUGGAACGCCUGGGACCCAACUUUAACCGUGAUCAGAAUGGCAUGCAUUCCCAACUUCUUGCUUUGUCUAAGCUGGUGGAGCUUCUGGACAGCCCGUUGCAUAAUUACUUGAAGCAGGCUGAUUGCUUGAACUACUUCUUUUGUUUCCGCUGGAUUCUUAUACAAUUCAAGAGGGAAUUUGAGUAUUUGAAGGUCAUGCACUUGUGGGAGGUCUUAUGGACACAUUAUUUGUCAGAACACUUCCACUUGUACAUGUGUGUAGCAAUCCUGAAAAGGUACCGCAAGAAAAUCAUGGGUGAGCAGAUGGAUUUUGAUACCCUCCUAAAGUUCAUCAAUGAACUUAGCGGUCACAUUGAUCUUGAUGGGACAAUAAGAGAUGCAGAAGCUUUAUGUGCAUGCGCUGGAGAGAAUGGAACUGCUUGCAUUCCACCUGGAACCCCACCGUCCCUGCCUGUCGAGACUGACAUGGGGCUUUAUCCUCAAGAUGAUGAUGUGUUAUGAAUCAUUCCAUCUGUCUGUAAAUAUACAUGCCUAUACAGAAAUUUCUUGAGAUUGCUAGGCUGAUAAUUUGUAAGAUUCAAUUGCUUUUAGCAUUUUGUAUGAAUACUGGUCUUCUAUAAUUGAAUAACUUGUUGAUAGACUUCCAA